AUGAGUUCUGUUUUGCAGUUCGGUACGAUCAGUCUACGGUCGAGAUGUCUUCCGACUCGGCUACUUUCCGCCAAUUCAAAACCGGUAUUGUACUCAUUUUAUCGCAGUUCUUGUGUGUGGCGAAUUCGAUCGGCGCUCAAUCUCAAGAAAAUCUCCUAUGACAUAAAACCAAUCAAUCUAAACGGUGAACAACAUGACCACGAAUUUCUCACAAUUAAUCCUAUGGGCCACGUUCCUGCGCUGGUGAUUGAUGGCCACACACUGAUUGAAUCAAUAGCAAUUUUGCACUAUUUGGAGGAAACAAGACCGCAGUAUCCCCUGCUGCCAAAAGAUCCGCUGAAACGUGCCAAAGUUCGCGAAAUAGUUGAGAUAAUAGCAUCCGGCAUCCAACCUCUCCAGAAUGACUGCGUUCUGAACCGAGUGGACGUGGAGAAGCAUGAAGAGUGGGUCCAGUUCUGGAUCGGCCGCGGCUUUGAAGCCAUCGAGAAGCUUCUAUCAGCAUCGGCCGGUAAAUACUGCGUUGGGGAUGAAAUUACUCUGGCCGAUUGUUGCCUAGUGCCGAUGGUUUUCAACGCCCGCCUGUGGAAGUUGGAUCUUACACCCUAUCCAACUAUCAUUCGCAUCGACCAGGAGCUGAAGGAUCAUCCGGCUUUCCGUGACAGUCACCCAUCCAGUCAGCCGGAUUAUCCACCGGCAGAGUCCAAAUAAGUGUUCACUACUCGUUGUCAAUGUUUUUACAGGAUAAUUCAAUUUCCCUUAGUUUUCGACAUUUUUUGUUUAUUGCGUACACGGGAAAGCCCACGAUCAUCUAAAUCAUCCAAAGUAUUAGUUGUUUAUUUGAAAAUGACUAGUAAAAAUUUGGUACAACUAA